GUAGCAGCGCUGCUGGCGUUCGGUGUGUGUGUGGGACGCGGAUUUUUAAGGUAGGCGCCGUUUAAAUUUAACUGUGUGUUUGGUAGAGCUUUUAGUUUAAUCUGUCUGUAUUUGUAUAUAGGAUUGCCCUAUCCCACAUGGUGCGGCAGUCCCCGGGACUAUAUUGUGGUAACCGUUGUGUGCAGAACUUGGAGAGUCGGACGGGAGUGUGCGUGCCGCACCGAGUUCUCUAGUUUCUGGCCGGAAUGGCAUGUGCAUCGUCGAACGCUGUUCCUCUGAUGUACUAAUUUGUAAGUUGUUUCCAGCUAGCCAGCAGCCCCGCUGAGCGCGUUUAUUGUGUAGCGCUCUAUCCUUUUGCUAUGCUUUGAUGUAGAGUUUCGGCAGGCUGGUUAGCUGGAUCAGCUGUUUUUUUUUGCCUAACCAUUUCCCACGUUGUCAUUACUAGCUAACCCGCUCUGCGGCUUGUGCAUGCGGCUAUAGAAAAAGGGGGGUUUACCUUACUGCGGUUUAUUUGCAUGGCCUCCACAUUCUGCUUGCGUGCAGUUUGUUUCACUUGCAGUGUGCUGUACCAUUAUACACGUGUGACGAGCGACUUGUCCCCUUUUCUAGCAGCAGCACCACGCAGAGGUAUGACAUCUUGGGGCUAGCUUAGCUCUGAGCAGUGUGGGAAGUAUAGUGUGCAAGGGAGUGUGGAUGAUUUUUAUUGCUCUCUCCCUAUCCUUUAGGAUUGUACUAAUAAAGUAUUGUUUUUGUAUUUACGACUUCAGCCUCUUCAUUAAUAAUAAAAGGGGCCACGGAGCUCCCUCUUCUCCUGGUGUUCGAGAGGGUUGCGUAGCGGCUUUACUCUGAAGGGUGUUACACGCUCUAGAUGAAAGUCAAGCUAAACCUACACAGCUGCCCACACGGCCUGAUGGCUGGAUCCAGCCCCUGGUGGGGGUAGUUAGCACUCAAUACUGUUCCACCCCUCCUACACUCUCUGUUCAAGGAUAAGUUACCAGCUCUCGACAAACACUGAUAGAAGUGGUUGAGCCUGUGAGACCGUCAGAGCCAUGUAGGGUAAACCGUGAUCAAGACACCUGUGUUUAACUUCCUCAUAUUUUUCCUAUCUCUCAUGCUAGAGAAGACGUGCUGUUUUUCCAUAUCUGCUGUUCUCUCUUACCUCUGACAUAAGUGAGGGCUAUAAUGUUGUGCCCUAUUAUUGCUAAUUCUAGCUUGUGUUUUCUCACCUCUUCUUCCAUAGCUAAUGAGAUGCUAUGAGUAGCAUGUUAAUUUUCCUCAAUGCUGGGGGAAAAAAUGUUAUAUGACCCUCAUCUCUAGCACUGUAAAAGGUAGCAUUCACACUGAUUUCUGCCACCAUAUUGUCUGAAAGUAUUAUGCUUUUACACUUGGGGUCAUAAGUAACGAUGCCUCGAAAAUGUCUUUCUGGGACUCUGGGGCUUUGACCCCAUUGCUGUUUUGGAUUAUUCUCAGAAGUACGGAGAGAAAUUUACACCAUGUAUUGAAUGUAAGCAAAAGUACUUCUAUUUUGGGUGCCAUUGUAGUGCUAGUGUUUCUCACAAAAUGUAGAAUUUUCAGCCAGUAAUCUGUAGCAAAAGCUUGUGACCAUUUUAUCUUUCUCUGAUUUUGGUAGCUCCUGCAAGUGUGUUGCUCCUUGGUGCUGUUGAAGUAAACGCAUCUCAAACAAAUUGUCUGUUAAGGAUAAGUAUUUCAUGGCACAAAUGUAUGAGUGUUGUUGCUGUAUUUUGCAGGUGGGGUUCACUGCACAGACAGUAAGCUCACAAACUGGACUAUGAUUUCACUGACAAUAAGUACGGUGAAUGGGAGGAGAGUGAGGAAAUUUCAGCGAGGCUGGCAUUCAAGGUAGCACUGACAGUGACUUCCUAGGGCAAAGACGGUGGUGGCACAGGCAAGUGCUAGCUAAGUAUUUCUGGACCCGUUUCAUAAAGUACUGUCUGGCCAGCCUGCAAACCUGGCAGAAAUGGGAAAGGACACUAAGGACCUUGAAGUGGGUACUGUGAUGAUGAUCGUGGACCCAGAGCCUCCCAGAGUACUUUGGCCCGUUGGCCAUGUGGUCACCGUUGGAGCUGGCAGAGAUAGACAGGUCCGGAAUGCAGAGGUACAGCCGGAUACUUACUGAAGUGAUUCAAGUGAAACAACAGCAGAAGCAGCGUCCCACCUUUGGGUUCAAAUCUCAGUCCUUAAACAAGACACCAGAGGUGGGAAACCCUGGCUUCAGAAGCAAAAAUGGACAAGGACACUAAGGACCUUGAAGUGGGUACUGUGGUGAUGAUUGUGGACCCAGAGCCUCCCAGAGUACUUUGGCCCGUUGGCCAUGUGGUCACCGUUGGAGCCGGCAGAGAUAGACAGGUCCGGAAUGCAGAGGAACAGGUGUUGCAGAGUGGAAGUCGGCAAGUGACCUGGGUCUUUGGAGUCAGAGGGAGGAAUUUGUCAGGGUCUACAAAGGGCUCCCGGGUCCUGAUGACCUCCGCGGCAAAACCACAACCAUGAUGUCACGGACGGCCUAAGAGGCACAGAUGCAUAAUGUACAUACAUGUGGCCAACCCAUAACCUUGGAGCUGCUCGCUCUAGAUGAAAGUCAAGCCAAACAUACACCGCUGCCCACACGGCCUGAUGGCUGGAUCCAGCCCCUGGUGGGGGUAGUUAGCACUCAAUACUGUUCCACCCCUCCUACACUCUCUGUUCAAGGAUAAGUUACCAGCUCUCGACAAACACUGAUAGAAGUGGUUGAGCCUGUGAGACCGUCAGAGCCAUGUAGGGUAAACCGUGAUCAAGACACCUGUGUUUAACUUCCUCAUUUUUUCCUAUCUCUCAUGCUAGAGAAGAUGUGCUGUUUUUCCAUAUCUGCUGUUCUCUCUUACCUCUGACAUAAGUGAGGGCUAUAAUGUUGUGCCCUAUUACUGCUAAUUCUAGCUUGUGUUUUCUCACCUCCUCUUCCAUAGUUAAUGAGAUGCUAUGAGUAGCAUGUUGUUAAUUUUCCUCAAUGCUGGGGGAAAAAAUGUUAUGUGACCCUCAUCUCUAGCACUGUAAAAGGUAGCAUUCACACUGAUUUCUGCCACCAUAUUGUCUGAAAGUAUUAUGCUUUUACACUUGGGGUCAUAAGUAACGAUGCCUCGAAAAUGUCUUUCUGGGCCUCUGGGGCUUUGACCCCAUUGCUGUUUUGGAUUAUUCCCAGAAGUAGGGACAGAAAUUUACACCAUAUAAAAUCAGGUAUAAAAUCAAAAAAAGCUUUGCCUUGAGCUUUGGAGCCUCAAAUCAAUUGUAUGAGCAGAACUACUAAUUUGAUCACUAUGUGAUGGCUACCUGCAAACCUGGCAGAAAUGGACAAGGACACUAAGGAACUUGAAGUGGGUACUGUGGUGAUGAUUGUGGACCCACAGCCGCCCAGAGUACUUUGGCCCAUUGGCCGUGUGGUCACCGUUGGAGCUGGCAGAGAUAGACAGGUCGGGAAUGCAGAGGUACAGGUGAAGGAAAAGAACUACACCUGUGCAGUUGCUCAACUGAUUGUGCUCCCAGCCAUGCCUGAUUACACAACUGAGAGCCAUCAGUGUGCUUGAUAUGGUGCUUUGGAAAUUUCAAAUAUCCAAAGAAUUAUGGGGGUGGCAACAGCCACAGGCCUUUCUUUUUUCUGCAUGUGCACACCACCCCACUUCUCACAAACCUUUGUCCAUAAAUCAGCUCAUAACAAGCAUGCAAGUACAAGACUCACCGCCACACACACAAUAAAGCAACACAUUAUUGUGUUGCUUUAUUUCAUUCAGUCACUUGAUACCUCGAGAGGAAUUGUGCUGGCUCACAAUUUACACCCAUUCAAUCAAGACCAGGCUAACAACACUUCCAGACCAGUGAGUGUGGGCAAGAUACUAUUCAAGCCCUACCACAAGUUAGCUUGUGUACUCUCACAAAAUCCAAGUAUACUAUGAAACAAAAAUCCCUAGAACACAAAUUCAUGAUACAUCAUAAUGCUACACAUGAAGUUAAAAUCGAAUGCUAGAAGUAGCAGUUGUUAGGGGGUGGGGAUAGAAGCAGAACUGAGAUGCAGUCUGAAACGGUGGGUCUUCAGCCUGCAUCGGAACAUGGCCAGUUAUUCCACAGUCCUAACCCCCGUGGGUUAAUAAUACACACUAUGCACUGUACCAAGGCCUGAAGGUUUUUUAUUUCACAUUUUCCUCAUCUUUUACUCGGUUUCCCCACACCUGGAUGCAUUUAUGUUUGGAGAAAGCAUUGCCCGUUACUAACUGUUAAACAUGGGGGUGGAUCCAUUAUAGUAUGGGUCUCCAUCUUGCGGGGGUCAUUGGCUCUCAUUAUUACUCUGUGUUACAGCCAGGGGAUAUGAAGCCAUUUUAGGUUACCAGGUGCGCCCUCGGGCGCAAACAUUGUUUCCUCAAGAUCGUCCCAGAUUUCAAGACAAUAACUCACCCCAUACGCACUGCUAUGCAGAGUUGUAUGGUUUCAUGGACACCAGGAUGAAGUCAAAUCUGUUCCUUUCCCUCCCCAAUCACCCGAUCUAAACAUCAUUGAAUCUUCAUGGGACAUUCUGGAACACAGGGGGGAUUCCCACUUUAUCUCUCAGAGAACUGGAGCUUUCCAUCAUAGAGAAUGGUUCAAUAUCCUACAGGAAACAGUUUAAAACUUGUAUGACAGCAUUCUGAAGACAAACAAGACUGAAGCUGUUUGGAAGGCAAAGGCCAGCCCCCCCCCCCUCUUUAAUGAUUAAUAAAUAUUCAGGUAUUGUGUGGUGUUUCCAUUAUUUGGUCUACAGUAUCUCAGCCCCCUUAGAAUUGAGGACAUCCCACUUUCAUCUGUAUAAAAAGAGAGCCUGAGAAGUGUUCACUGCACCUUUGACAGAGAACAGCACUCACAGAUAACUGAUAACCAGCUAACCUGCACGCUUCUCCAAGCUUGUGAAACCAUGUCCAACAGUAAAGAGGUGGUUCCUAUCAGCAGUGGCAUGGAGCUUUCAGUCCCCGUGUCAGACUUGCUGCCUGCUGCUAAGAAGACAGCCCUGCUGUUCCAUGUAUCUUACCUGUGUAUGGCCAACUUCCCAGCGCUGGAGAGGGAACUGCGGGCCAAGGCUACUGACGCACAGCUGCUGUUCAGCUCUUCUGCGUCUCUGCUUCUUCAGUGUGCCAGCACCAGUGAAAACAUGAUCAACACACUGAUUCCAAUGCUCAAAGCUGCAGUUGAAAAGAAUAAGCCCCUGGUAGCUGUGAAGUACUUGGAGAAAGCAAAGAGAUGGAUUGAGGGCCUCAUCAAUGAUGUUCUGGAUACUGUGGAAAGUUACUCGGCUCUGAACAGAAAUGUUGGGAGCACUGCCAGUGAUGUUAUUUCGACGAAGGUCGAAACGGAGAAGAAAAAAGAAACUCUAUCCAAGGAAGCUGAGGGAAUGCAGAAAAUGGUGGAUGAGUACAGCAAAAGGCUGAAUGAUGUCAAAGCAGAGCUUCAGAAGAAGGAGGAUGAAAUUAAUGCUGGAAAUGCUGAAUUGCAGAGCCUUGUCAACAGUAUUGCUGAGAGGAACCGGAAGUUUGGCAUUGCAGCUGCAGUGGUACCUUUUAUUGGUGCCAUCAUUAAUGCAGCACAGAAAGCCGUCAAUGAUCCUGGUGACAAGGCUGCUCUUGAAUCCUAUAAGAUCAAGCUGAAUCAACUGAACAAGGACAAGCGUCUUCUUGUUCAAAAGGAGUGGAAGUUGGAGGCAGAGCUGAUAAACACAGAGAUGACACUUUCCAGAGCAACUAUGGAUUUAGAUUCAAUUCCUAGCCCGACUCACCUGGCUGAAGUCCAGAAGUAUCUGACCAAAAUUCAGAAAAUCCUGCUUAGCCUGAAAGAAUUCUGGGACGGAGUACACGUGAUGCUGGAUUCCCUCAGUAAGAAAACCUUUGCUGGAGAGGAUAUGAUUGAAUAUCUGGACAUUCUCAAGAGUGACUUUUUGGCCUCCCUGGACACAGCUCAAAAGUACUGGGCAAGCUUUGGUGCCAUUUGCCUGAAAGUAAAAGGCACAUUUAGUGUUGAGUCCAAAGACGCCUACAAAUUCCUGGAGGUCAACCCUUCCUCUCUGUCAAAGGAAGAGUGGCAGAAGCAGUAUGACUCUGUGCAACAGCAGCUGGAGGAAUUCUAUGGAUCUGGACCUGCAGCCAUUGAAGAAAACUCAGAGGUUCCAGCCGUUGAGGAGGCCGAAUAAUCAGAAAAUGCCUGCAAUAUUAACAUAGUGAUACAGCCAGAAAGCGCCAAGUCAAUUUGAUUUAGAAUCAGUAUAAGAGGGAGAUUAAUUGCUGAUUAGAGGUUGCUUUGGGCUGUUUCCUCAUCUGCCAAAAAGCAAUCUACUAAUGAUGUGAUUUCUUUGGUUCUUUACCUCUUUUCAUCACGG